AUGACGAACACCAGCGACGCCAUGGCUAACGUCAAAGUGACGGAGAAAAGACACGGAGUCUACAUUGUCAAAUACAACUUCGACCGCUCUCGCCCAGAACGCGACUGGGCCAUUUACGUUAAAACCGAAGCACGCAGCGGCGAUAUUCACAUCAUUGCCUCUAAAGAUGCCAACGCUCCUUGUGCUACACUCGUACGGAAAUCGGGGCUCAUGAGGUCAAGAAAGAAGGAGAAGGCCCAGUGCUCAUAG